AUGUCGCAAACACAGCCAAGUGAGGUGGAAAAAAACAUCGAGAUAUGGAAGGUCAAGAAGCUCAUUAAGCGUCUCACCGAGGCGCGGGGCAAUGGGACUAGUAUGAUCUCGCUGAUUAUCCCACCUAAAGACCAAAUCUCCCGAGCAGCAAAGAUGUUGGCCGAAGAAUUCGGUACCGCCUCCAACAUCAAAUCGCGCGUCAACCGUCUCUCUGUUCUAUCUGCGAUUACCUCUACUCAGCAACGUCUUAAGCUCUAUCCUCGUGUUCCACCCAAUGGUCUCGUUGUCUAUUGUGGUGAAAUCAUUACCAGCGAAGGCAAGGAGCGUAAGAUUAACAUUGAUUUCGAGCCUUUCAAGCCUAUCAACACCUCACUCUACUUGUGUGAUAACAAAUUCCACACCGAGGCGCUUUCUGAGCUCCUUGAAUCGGACAACAAGUUUGGGUUCAUCAUUAUGGAUGGUAAUGGUGCACUUUUUGGCACUCUCAGCGGCAAUACCAGAGAGGUUGUUCAUAAGUUUUCAGUUGACCUGCCCAAGAAGCACGGUCGUGGUGGUCAAUCCGCAUUGCGUUUCGCCCGUCUUCGAGAAGAAAAGCGCCACAACUAUGUUCGCAAGGUUGCCGAAUUGGCAGUACAGAAUUUCAUUACUGCGGACAAGGUCAACGUUUCCGGGCUUAUCUUGGCUGGUUCAGCCGACUUCAAGACUGAGCUGGCUCAGAGUGACAUGUUCGAUCAGCGUCUUCAGGUCAAGAUCAUCAAAGUUGUCGACGUGUCCUAUGGCGGUGAGCAUGGGUUCAAUCAAGCUAUCGAGCUGUCUGCCGAGACUCUCGGUAACGUAAAAUUCGUCCAGGAAAAGAAAUUGAUCGGCAACUACUUCCAGGAGAUUUCGCAGGACACCGGAAAAGUCUGUUAUGGUAUCGAAGAUACCUUGAAAGCCAUGGAACUCGGUGCUGCUGAGACUCUGGUUGUUUUUGAGAAUCUUGAUCAGCAGGAGGUGGACCGGGAGAAGUUCAUGGACAAAGAAUCGGGCCAGGAAAUGGAGGUCAUUGAGUCCAUCCCCUUCCUUGAGUGGUUGGCCGAAAAAUACAAGGAUUUUGGUGCCACUCUCGAGUUCGUAUCAGACCGCUCUGGAGAGGGCAAUCAAUUUGUCAAAGGCUUUGGUGGGAUCGGUGCAUUCCUUAGAUACAAAGUCAACUUUGAGCAGCUCGCCGAGGCUGAUGAUGAGGAUGAAUACUAUGAUGAUUGA